AUGAACAACUCCACCGAAUACGGUGAUCCCAACGGUAUUAAUGGAUUUGCAUAUGCUAUUGGAAUGAUUUUUGGUGUCCUAGUUUUGCUCAUAAUCAUAACUUUGGCCGCGUAUUUCUGCACCCGUGAAGUAGAUUCUUCCAGAAACAGAGCUACCAACCACGGUGCGACCGUCACUGACCAUGACUCCAUUGCUGUGGAACUCGGCCUCAACGAAGCUACUCUUGCAAGCUACCCCAAAUUACUCUAUUCAAAAGCAAAGUUAGAACACAAGGGUAAGGAUUUACCACCUUCUUGUUGCUCUAUAUGCUUAGGGGACUAUAAGGAUAGUGACAUGCUAAGGUUGUUGCCUGAUUGUGGUCAUGUUUUUCAUCUCAAUUGUGUGGACUCUUGGUUAAGGCUGCAUCCGACAUGCCCGAUUUGCCGGAACUCUCCUGUUCCAACUCCUCUGUCAACUCCUCUCACUGAAGUGGCACCAUUGGCAUCACGCAGAUAUUGA